AGUACGCACGGGCUACGGCGCUAGUGGCCGGCGCGAGCUCCAACACGCAACUCGCAACUGCCUGCAUCAACACCAUCACCGAGCUCGCCGAUCCGCCCGCAUCCACCGACUCGAUUGCUGCCGCCGACUAGCUCCACCUCCACUCGACGGACGCUUCAUAUCCUUCACGCAUACCCCGCCCUCACCAUGACGUCAAUAGGUACGGGCUACGACCUGUCCAACUCGGUCUUCUCCCCCGACGGCCGUAACUUCCAGGUCGAGUACGCAGUCAAGGCGGUCGAGAACGGCGGCACAGCAGUUGGCAUCCGGUGCAAGGAUGGCGUUGUCCUGGCCCUCGAGAAGCUCGUCACCAGCAAACUGCUGAAGGCCGGCGCGAACAAGAGGAUAGCCACAGUCGACAGGAACAUGGGCAUCGUCUCGUCAGGCCUCCUCCCCGACGGCCGCCACUUCGUCUCCAGAGCCCGCGACGAGGCUGCUCAGUGGCGGCAGCUGUACAAGGCGCCCAUCCCCGUGGCCUCGCUCGCCGACCGCAUGGGAAGCUACGCUCAAGCAUACACGCUCUACUCCAGUGUACGACCUUUCGGUAUCACAGCCAUCGUCGCCGGUUGGGACUCGGAGGCCGAGCUGCCAGUGGACGCACAAGUGGGCUCAGGGCCAAAGGCUGGCUCGGGUGGCAAGGUGGAGGGUGCGAAGCACGGCGGCCCCUCUCUGUACAUGAUUGAGCCGAGCGGUCUGUACUGGGGCUACUACGGCGCCGCUACAGGCAAGGGUCGUCAGAUCGCCAAGUCCGAGCUCGAGAAGCUGAACCUCGCCGACGGCGAGCUGUCGCUGCAAGACGGAGUCAAGGAGGCCGCGCGCAUCAUCUACGUCGCACACGACGACAACAAGGACAAGGAAUUCGAGCUGGAGCUGACCUGGAUCAGCAACCUGGACGGUCCCACCAAGGGCAGGCACGAGGAGGUACCGAAGGAGAUCAAGGAGGAGGCCGAGAGGCUGGCGAAGAAGGCGCUAGAGGGCGACGACGACGAUGAGGAGGAGGAAGAGAAGAUGCAGGAGUAGACCACGAUCAGGUGCAUCCACACUACAGCAUUGACACGCCAUAGACGGUCAUCCAUGAUAACGAAUUGUUCGACGAAGCGCACAAAUACUUCCGUACAUGGUUCCAGCGUUCACAUCUUGGUGUAUCACUAAUUGAACUAGGCAGUCAAUAUCGUCUGCGUCGAUUCGGCCACAGCCACGU